AUGCGUCGCUGGCGCCACGGUGCCGAAAAUUUCGCCGCAGCCGAGCCGCACAUAUACAACACUGCCAUGCCCUGGCUCGCCCGAGCAGACAAUGAGCGCGCAAUGCAGAGUUGCUGUUCCACUGACUCGCGCCUGGGGGGGGAGAGGGGCAGAACUUGGCGACGCGAGGAGGAGGAGGAGGAGGAGGAGGAGGAGGAGGGGGCCGACAGGGCGGGGCCACAGGGCGGUCGCGCCAGCCACAGCAGCGCGGGCCCGGCCAAGAGAGGUCCGAGAGGCGAGGGCCGUGAGCCCGAAGGCCCGGCGCGCGCCGCGGGGAGGUCGCGCGCCCCCUCGGUGCGCCGCCGCGUUUUACUGCUACGAGCGCCGUCAAAGUCCCCAGUUCAAACGGUUCGACCAUCGUCGGGGAGGCGCAAGAACUCGGGGAGGUUUAGCACGAGCCAGCUCCAUCUAGACCUGAAGAGGGCCUCCGAUAUCUAG